CCUAUGGCUCAGUCUUACAGCUAAAAUUCUCUUAUUAUCCACAAAAUCACCACACGUGGAGAUUAUAUUAUUACAACAAAGAUAAGUCUCUGAAUAAAUGUCUUUAUACUGCAGUCAUACAGAUAAAAAUGAAUGUCCUCUGGCGUGACAAUGCGUCAAGCGGAAGUUGUUUUGGUUGCGGAAGUGAGCCGAUGCUGUUGUGGUUGUAGCUCACCGAAGCGAUCUCGUUUAGAUUGUACAUUGAUUUUGUUUUCGGCUACCUAUAUGUAGUUCUCCGGGAGCUACAGUUUCACGUCUCAAUCAGUUUACCAGGUUGAGCUGUCACAAUGGCAGAUCACACCGACGUCAGUCUGCAGCCGGAGGAGCGAGUCCGUGCUCUGACUAAGAAGGGCAGCUCUGUGGAAGUUAAUGAAGACGUGCCGCCACGCCGCUACUUCCGCUCAGGCAUGGAAAUGAUCCGCAUGGCUAACGUCUACACAGAAGAGGGCAACAUCGAACACGCCUUUGUCCUUUACAAUAAAUACAUUACUCUCUUCAUAGAGAAACUUCCCAAGCAUCGUGAUUACAAGACUGCAAACAUUCCUGAGAAAAAGGACACACUAAAGAAACUCAAGGAUGUUGCAUUUCCUCAAGCAGAGAUUCUAAAAAAAUCUCUUCUGAGAAGAUUUGAGCAAGAGUAUGCACAGUAUCUUGUCAAAAAGAAAGCGGAGGAUGAAGCCCUGGUGCGGGAGCAGUCGAAGCAGCGUGCACUGGAUGCUGAGCGGGAGCGCGUGGCCGAGAUGCAGCGGCGGCAGCGAGAGCAGGAGCAGUUCAGUGCCUUCGAGGAGAUGAUCCGCCGCCAGGAGCUGGAGAAGGAACGCCAGCGAGUGCUUCUAGAGUUCGCUACACCGGCCACACCCUCUUCCGACACGCCCCUCAUUCCGGGCAUCCAGGGUCCACCACUGAUCUCACCCACCCCGCCACAGAGCCCUGGAGACCUGUCAGGCAGCAACAACUAUCAGUAUAAUCGCCCUUCUGCACCUGUUGGCACGCCUUCAACUGGCCCGCCCACCUUCGACCGCUCGCUCAAGCCGGGGUCUCUGGUCAGCCCAGGGAACAACAAUACAAUGGUGGAUGCCCUUCGGCAGCUGGCCGUUCCUGCUGAGCUGUGCCGGAGUUUUCUGAGGCUGGCUGAGGCCAACACAAGCCGAGCUGUAGAAACUUGCGGCAUCCUGUGUGGAAAACUGACCAGAAAUGCGUUUACUGUGACCCAUGUCAUCGUUCCAAAGCAGUGUGGUGGACCGGACUAUUGUGACACAGAAAAUGAGGAAGAACUCUUCCUCAUACAGGACCAGUAUGACCUCAUCACACUGGGCUGGAUUCAUACUCACCCCACACAGACGGCCUUCCUGUCCAGCGUCGACCUCCACACACACUGUUCCUACCAGAUUAUGCUGCCUGAGGCAAUCGCUAUCGUCUGCUCUCCUAAGUUCAACGAAAUCGGAUACUUCAGGUUGACGGAUCGAGGAACAGAUGAAAUCUCCACAUGUAAACAAAAAGGUUUCCACCCUCACAGCAAAGAGCCUCCUCUAUUUACACAUGCAGCACAUGUCACCAUCACUGAUGGUACGGUGUCCAUGAUGGAUCUGCGGUGAUCAUCCUCGUCUUUUCCACCAGAACACUCACAGACUAUUUUAUCGAGCUGCAGAUGUUUUAUGGGAGAAAACACUCAUUUUGUUUUUAGGACGGUACAGAAAAAGCCACCAGUUUACCAUUUAUAUGGACUUCAGUUGUUCUCAGAGGGAACGACACUGGAAACUUUUUUUGUUUUUUGGUUUCAUCAGAAAAAAAACCCUUCAUAUUAUUGCACUUUUUAAGCCAACAACUACGAUCCACUUAAUGGACUGGCAAACCUCUGGCUCUUCAACCUCUGUCCUUUGUCUCUGUGAGGUCUUGGUCAUUCUUAUUCACCUUUUUGUUUAUGCCACAAACGAAACUGGAUGUAUGUCAAAAUGUCAAAAGUAUGUCAAAAGUUUGGUUCUGCUUGACAGAUAAAGUGCCAAGGAUGAAAAUAUUCGCUUGAUGUUCAGUUUUUCAUUGUGCAAUAUGAACCCAGUCUGAAGUUUAGAGUUUGAAAUAACUUGGUUUCCUCUGACUUCUCGCGUUUCCUUUAUUUGCUGUUGAAGUGCUAUGAGUGAUGACAUGCAAGCCGGCGGUAACUCAGGUAUGCAGGCAGUGCUGCUGCUGUUGCCCGUAUUUAAUCUUUUUUAUAUAUCAUCACACCCGACUACCCUCUAUUAACUGAAUAAAGGGUUUUGUUUGAAAUUUAAGCCCUGCUUGUGAUCCUGUGAUGGUCAAACCAAAUUUUACACAUUUUCGUUCCUUUGUGUUUUUUCUAAGUGGAAGGGGUUGGUUAGUUCCUGUAAUAAAUGUCCUUGCUACAGAGGACAUGUGUGCAACAGGCAAUCUGAAUGUACCUUCUUCUAUAUGUUAUCACACAUUACUAACCAACUGGUCAUGGUUCAAGCCUUUUGCCUUUUUUUUCCCUCCCUUCUCUUGGUAGAAGAGUUAAAUGAUUAGCCAUAAUUAUCAAUUAAAUGCCAAGACAAAAUAAAAUUGUAAAU